CCCAAAACAUACUGGAGCCAUCGGAAACAUGGGCACAGUCAGCGGUAGAAACAAUCCUAUCAUUACUGCCACUGGUUCAGGUGAAGUUAGUGUCAUUUACAACUUGUCGUCAGAUGGAGCAGGAGUAAAUCCACAGAGUCAGAAACCAGACCAAGUAUCGAGAGUGGGGGAUCUCAACCAAGAAGUCGGUAACAAGACCAGGGACAUUUUGAGGAAAUGGUACAAGACAACGGGUAGCUAUGUUCAGUUGAACCCUGGGGUUCCUGAUGAUCAAAGACCCAUUGUUGGCAUUUACACUAAAUUGCGGGUUAGAACAAAGAAAGGUACUGUAGAAGAAGAAUACUCUGAGGAAACUGUAUAUUCCACAGAGUAUGACAAAAUGUUUAAAGAUUGGCCUGAGACUGAGUUCAAUCGUGCUAUUUUAUUUGGCAUUGGUGGUGUGGGGAAGUCAACCAUUUUUGACAAGAUUGCAUAUGACUGGACUGAUGAGGCAUGUGAAAUCCUGAAAAGAUUCGAGCUUGUCUUUCUGUUAAAAAUGUAUGCCCUGUUUCAAGAAUCUGAUCUUGUUGAUUCCAUUUUUGAUCAACUUUUAGGCGUAAAGUCAGGAGUAGCCAAAGUUGAACUUGAUAAGUUCAUUCAGGACAACUCAAAUAAGGUCUUGAUACUUUUGGAUGGUUUUGAUGAAAUGAAGACCAAAACGCUUGAUGCAACCUCAUUCGGGUCUAUCCUAAAAGCGCUUAGUAGAACAGAAUACAGGGAUUGUUUCAUUAUUGUGUCAACGCGCCCCUCUCAUCUUGAGACACUGAUGUCAAAAUCACUUGUCCGAAAUCCUUGCACACACGUGGAGGUUCUGGGGUUUACCAAAGAGGAUGUUAAUGAAUACAUUCUGAAAUUCUUUUGCGAAGAUCAUGAUAGUGGCAGUGCACUGAUCCAAAACAUUGAAAAAUCCAACACGCUGCUCGAUUUCUACACGAAUCCAAUGCUUCUCCUUCUCAUGUGUUUGUUGUGGAGGGAGAAAAAACAACUCCCCGAAACAACUUCACGCCUAUUCACUGAGGCAGUUGAUUACAUGUUCACAAGAAAAGGAUAUAGCUCCGAAGAUGCAUCAAAAACAGUGAUUGCUAUGGGAAAAACUGCACUGAGUGGAUUCGUAAGUGCCGACCAGAAUUUCUCAUUUCAAAAAGGUGAGUUUGAACCAAGUGCGCUGGACCUGGCACUGAAAGCGGGCAUCCUAACCCAGCAGAGAGUUAUCAAAAACCUCAAAUGCCACAACAACAUACAAUUCAUGCACAAGACUGUUCAGGAAUACUGUGCUGGUAAAUACUUGCAAAGUGUACAUAUGUCAAACCCGGGAUUUGUAAAGCGUUCAGUGCACACAGUUGUUCCAUUCGGAGAAUUUCAAAACAAUUUAAGGCAACUAUGUCAGACAAUUGAGGGUGUUGUUUCAAAUGAUUUCCUUUUGCGUUUUUGUUGUGGUGACAAUGAAAAGUGCAUGACUGACAUUGUUAGAUUGCUUGAUCGUAAAUUCAACAAGGAUCAACAUAAGCCCAUGUACCAAUCAGACGUUAUACAAUUAAUUAGUCAACACUGUUUUUUUGAAAGCCAAUCCAAAAAGAUCCCACAAUGUCUAACCAGCAACUCACUCAUCUCAUCAAAUAUCAAGGUGAAAAACAAUACCGAUGUCCGCAUUCUCAUAUGCCUUCUUAAAAUAAUCUGUAGGUCAGAAGUCCAGGUGCCACAACUGUCACGCAUUGAAACCAUUUGGAUUUAUUCUGUGUCUUUGGUCAGUGGUUUAGCCUUUGCCCUGGGUUACAUGGAAAACCUCAGGAAACUGAGGCUCUACUGCUGUCCUUUAGUGAAGGGUGAGCUUGAGAAAAUCCUGUCAUCACUGAAAUGCAACUAUCUCUUAACCAGUCUUUACAUAGAGAAAUGCAAUACAUUGGGAGGUAGAGCUGUAGAAUGGGCCCCUCAUAUCAAACACUUGACAAGCCUUGAGAAACUUGAAAUAAGCUUGUGCGGACUUCAGAGCACAGACAUUGAACACAUUGCCUCGGCUGCACAUGACUUGCCCAAACUGACUGGCUUGGACCUUGAUAGCAACAAGACAUUGGGCGGGUCCACUGACAUGUGGGCCAAGGAAUUAUCCAAAAUGACACACUUAAAUAAGCUGGACCUGAGCUUUUGCGAUUUGACACAGUCAGACAUUCCACACAUUGCCUCGGCUGUAGGUGACAUGCCCAGACUGACUGACUUGGAUCUUGGUAGCAACAAGUCAUUGGGUGGAUGUGCUGCAUUUUGGGCCAAGGAAUUGCCCAAAUUGAAGCACUUAAAUAAGCUGAGCCUGAGCUACUGCAAUUUGACACAGUCAGACAUUCCACACAUUGCCUGGGCUGUGGGUAACAUGUCAAGCCUGACACUGUUGGGCCUAUAUGGCAACAAGGCAUUGCGUGGAUGGGAUAGGCCUAAGUUAAAGUCCCUCUUUCCAUCACUUCUGGUUUUAUUUUAUUUUCCCUUGCGAAGCACACUCUAGAAUUACAUGUACUAAGCAUAACAAUAUAAAAAUGAUAACAUUGUCAAUAAAAGGAAAUAAAAUUUUCCAAGAAAAUCAACAAAAUCAAAGGGCCUAAUUUUUCAAUCCUAAGCAUUACCAUUUUCAAAGGCCGCAAAACAUCGUAACACAUUCCCAGUUUAGAUUGUCAGUAGGGUCACACUGCAUGUAAGACAAUUAGCUGUUCACUAUCCACAUAAAACAAUAAUUGAUACUUUGAUAAACCAGGGAAUUGUGCAAAUUCCAAACAAAACAAACAAACAAACAACCCCCCCCCCUAAAAAAAACCACAACAAUAACAACAAAUUGAUAGUUACAAAUGUGUUGUUCAACCAGGAUGCCUUUUUGCAAUUUUACAUUAACGUCAUAAUACAUUCCUGAUUUCAGAUCUUCAGUAAACUAUUUCUUAAAACAACAGUAGUUAAUGCAAAUAAGAUCCCUGGUUUAUCACAAUCUCCAUGUUUGUGAAUAAGUGUAGAUUCCACAUCUGGAAACUUUUUGAAGUGGCAAACAAAAUGACUGUAGACCUCAAAUCUUUACGUGUGUGCAUGGAAACAUCACUAAUUUGAAAACCCAGUGGAUAUAUGGUAUUUGUUGAUUUCUGAGGCUGUAUGGAUGGUUUGGUCCAUUUCCAAGUUGAGACUUGUUGGCCUGACAACAGUUGAAUAUAUGUAUCAUGUUAAAACAAUGAGAAGUUUUGUGAUUAUUCCAGUCUAAGAUGGUAAAUACAUGUGCAUUUUGUAAAUAAAAUUAUAUUUGUGGAGACUCGUUUGCCAAGUGGCUUAAUUAAUUGUACUUAAGUAAAAUGGUUGAAAUAUUAAGUAUUACUCAAAGUAGUUUUGGGAUUUUGUACAUAGGUGGUUUUGUUUAAAGAAAAUUUGUUAUAUUUUGUUUAUAUUUGCUACAAACUUUGGUACAAAGGUUGGUGGGAAGAUCAGUUUUAAAAACUGCUAAAAGAUGAAGGAAUAACUGAUUUGACCCAGCAUUGAAGGGGUGCGAGGGUUGUUUUCGAGAUUAUAUUCAUUAGAAGUUAAAACUACUAAAUGAAAUAUGAAAAAAAGGAUAUCCUUUAUUUCUUCUUCAAAUAAACCACGAAGGGCAACUGAUUGGUGUGUUAUAAUUUUGUUCAUUUACAUUGUUUUCGUUAUUUAGAAAAAACACAAUAUUCUGGCAUUUGGAUGUAAAUGGAGUUUGAUGUCAAAUUCACCCUUUGUAUUUUGUAGUGGUUGAAAACGCUGAAUGUUUCUCUUUAUUUAUUAAGUUUUUAAAUAAAAGACUUUUUUUAACAUUUAUAUCUGUAAUCACAGAUUAAUAGACCCACUCUUAAACAUUACUAGAAAAUUCUCCUGUUUUGCAAGUCGGGCAAGUCCAAGAAAAGGUCUCCUUGUAGUCCCAUACAUAACAUACCUUAAUUGUCUUCUUUAUCACAAAUACUUACAAAAUUGUUUGUGGGUACAGUAUUCUCCUUUCAGAUGCCCAACAGUAGAAUACAAAAAACACACUGAUCUAAUUGCUUCAUAGAGGAUUAAACUUUCCUGGGACGUAAGUGUGCGAUUCUUGGACUUGCCCAGUAAUAGCCUG